GGAAUCGCUCCUCAUUUCGGUGCGCUGCUGAGCGCGUUAUCGUCCAUACAUACCAUCCGGUCGUACCAUCGGCAUCUGACUUGGACAUUCACGUACCCCGCGCACUACUUUGGGUGCCCUCCAAGGAAACCAGUGGCAUGGGUGAUGGUGCCAAGAUGACAUGGCUGUGGUUGUUGGCGGCAGUGGUGGUGAGCGUGUGCGCGGAGCCCUACCAGUCUAGCUCGAGGCCGCCGCGCACCAGGCACUUCAACCGCGGACACCGCAGCCGCGACUACCCGACCCCCUCACAGUUCGUCGGGCCAAACGUUUGUCGAACCCGAAACGGCACGCAUUGCUGUCCUGGGUGGACCUCCAGACCCAACUCGCUACUAUGCGUAGUUCCAUUAUGUCGUCCCGACUGCGGCUCGCCUGGUGGCUCGCCCGGCGCCUGUAUAGGACCGAACAUGUGCAGGUGUCCUGGUGGAGUGGAAGCCCCCAGCUGUAACCCCAAUGGCUUAUAUUCGUACACGUGUAAGUAUGUCUCUAUAAUAAUACUGUUAAAUGAAAUUUUAACUUUGCACCUACUAAAUAAAGACUUGUUUUCAUUGAACUGUCACUGA